AUGGCCGCUUUACUGAUGCCACGCAGGAAUAAAGGGAUGAGGACUCGACUGGGAUGCCUGUCUCACAAGUCUGACUCUUGUAGCGAUUUCACAGCCAUUCUUCCCGACAAACCCAACCGUGCUCUAAAGAGACUAUCCACAGAAGAAGCUACAAGGUGGGCGGAUUCCUUUGAUGUGCUUCUCUCCCAUAAGUAUGGAGUGGCUGCCUUCCGCGCCUUCCUGAAGACGGAGUUCAGUGAAGAGAACCUGGAGUUCUGGUUGGCCUGUGAGGAGUUCAAGAAGACCAGGUCCACUGCCAAACUGGUCUCCAAGGCCCAUAGAAUCUUUGAGGAGUUUGUGGAUGUUCAGGCUCCGCGGGAGGUAAACAUAGACUUCCAGACUCGAGAAGCCACGAGGAAGAACAUGCAAGAGCCAUCCCUGACUUGUUUUGACCAAGCCCAGGGCAAAGUACACAGUCUCAUGGAGAAAGACUCUUACCCCCGGUUCCUGAGGUCCAAAAUGUACUUAGAUUUGCUGUCCCAAAGCCAGAGGCGGCUCAGUUAG